AUGGCUAUGUCGUCGCCUCACCUCCUCUACGCCUUCCUCGCCUGCGCCUGCUCCCACUACGGUCGCCUUCGCGAGGACCUCUCUGGCGACCUCGCCAAAAGCGUCACCAAAUUCACCAACGCAGCCCUCAACGGCCUGCGUAAAGCCAUGAGCGACCCAAAAAAGGCCAAUAGGCCCGAAACCCUGACCACCGCCCUGGCUCUCUGCACCUCCGACGUCAUUAACGGUGGUAUGAACUCCUGGCGCAUCCACCUCUCCGGCGCUAGCAACCUGGUCACCUCUGUCUUCGCCCUGCAAGGCGACGCCGACUCGCUGAAGACCGAUGAUCCAACCAAGCUCUUCCUGGUGAAGUGGUUUGCCCUGCUGGACAUCUUCGCCGGCGUGUCAGGGCUGCACACCUCCUCCAACGCCGAGGGCAGCUACUGGUCGCUACCGACCACCAACGACGCACACGGCUACAUCGACGAGUGGACCGGCUACGCGUGGGAGCUAAUCCCGAUCAUGUCGCAAAUCGGGCGAAUGGCGAUCGUGCAGCGCAAUGCGAUGCAGGUAAUCUCGCUGGACGCAGACGCAGACGACAUUCCGGACACGGGGGCCGACCCGGCCGAGAUCCAGCACCUGGAGGACCAGAUCUACGCGCUGUACGACCGCACGACGAACCCAGACCUGGAGCGCAACCCGGCGACGAAAAAGAUGGCCGAGGAAAUGCAGCACAUUCACCGGGCGUUCCUGUACACCUCGCUGCUGCACCUGUACUCCCGCGUGCAGUGCCUGCCGAAGGACCACACCAAGCCCGCGCACGCAAUCCACAUGGUCAUCGAGAUGCUGCAGAAAAUCCCGCUCGACUCCAUGUCCAACAUUCUCACCCUGUGGCCCGUGUUCACAGUCGGCUGUGAAACCGAGGACCCCGUGCAGCGGAAGAUCAUUCGUGGGCGGCUGGCGGUCAUGGAGCCGUACGGCAUGGGCAAUGUACAGAGCGCGCGCAAGGCGAUGACGGAAUACUGGGACUCGGGCGCGACUGAGCGAUGGGAUAUCUUCUUGGAGAAGCGGGGAUUCGACCUGACGAUGUUUUGA